UGAUUGACCUCUCGCGUAGCCUACGACACUGUCUCUUUAAAUGAGGGAUUGUGCCUCGCACAUGCUCAGCUGGACGUGUGGGACUUUCUCCUGGAGAAUCAGGAGCACAAAUGCCGUACUGUGGACAGAGUUAAAGAUGGAACUGGCUGAUAUAUCUUAGACUUUCAGCACAAUUUGGAUUAAACGAAAAUUCGGCAAACAAGGACUAAAUCCGCCGCCGUUAUAGUUUACAUCGCUCAGACAAGCGAAGAAAAAUGUAGUGUUAUUUACGGGAGAUUAAUUCGGUUUCUUUUAUCAAACGGAGCUGUGAACAACACCAGUUAUCCUCGCCACAUUCAUGUUCAGAUCUUUUUAGAUUUUCUGAGCUGAAAUUAGAAAAAGCUGUCGUUCACAUUUCAGUCCUCUUGUUUUGUAGCUGGAAGGCCGUUUUUUUUAGGCUUUUAGCAAUAGCACACCGCUAUGCAUACAUUUUACAUAAAAUAACUGAUUACAUUUAAGAGCUUUAAAAUGGCUGCUCGGCUCUGUUUUGAAUAGAGGUGCUUUGUGAAUUGUAACAUUUUGUGUCCAUAAAUAUAUAUGCAUAGGCAACCAAUGUGUUUGAAAUGGUCCUGAAAAGACAACGUGAUAAUUGGCAACGCUGUUUUCCGUUUUCUAAAUCUGCGACUGCUCGCUGUAGGGCGCUUUUCUGCUCUGUCUGCGGGAGGUAGCAGCUUGUCGGAUUCCGUUUGCAUUGAGUUCCAUUCUCUUUGGUCACUAAUUCAGAAGUGUAUCUGAACUGUGCUUUAUUUUUUGAUGACACUUGGAUUUUCGUAAAGUUCAAUAAUAUGCAACAUUUUAAAGCCUUUUAAGUCACUGAAAAAUACAGAAACGACAACUAGCCUAUCACGUGCCUAAGCCAAACCAACUUCGUGUUCUACGAAUGAGCUAUUUAUAAACAUAGAUCCAACAUAUCAUUAAUGUUUCUCCGUAAAUUCUGGUAGCUUACAAAAUGGAUACAAAUAUUUUCGCGAAAAGGGGCGUCCUUUGGUUUAAAUGGAGGAGACAUUACAAUUCGCAGGAUGCCAACGGAUAUUUGCUGUUUUUCAUCGUAUUUUACCUGGUGCUUUACACCGAAGGAUCCCCUUCAAAACCAUGCGAUAAAAACUGCUUUUCCGGAAGGUGCUUCAAUGGAACUUGCAUAUGUGACAAAGGAUGGGUCGGGGAUCUGUGCCAACACUGCCAGGGAAGGUUCAAGCUGACAGAACCUUCAGGCUACCUUACAGACGGACCAAUCAACUACAAGUACAAGACCAAGUGUACCUGGCUCAUCGAGGGCUACCCCAAUGCUGUUCUGAGGUUACGGUUUAACCAUUUUGCCACGGAGUGUAGCUGGGAUCAUAUGUACGUCUACGAUGGAGACUCCCUAUAUGCACCUUUAAUCGCUGUGUUCAGUGGUCUCAUCGUUCCAGAAGUCCGGGGCAAUGAAACUGUGCCGGAGGUUGUCACCACCUCAGGAUACGCCCUCCUGCACUUCUUCAGCGACGCUGCGUAUAACCUGACUGGGUUCAGCAUCUUCUACUCGAUAAACUCCUGCCCCAACAACUGCUCGGGCCACGGGAAGUGCAGCACGGGGAACUCGGUCUCCAGCAGGGUGUACUGCGAGUGCGAUAAGUACUGGAAGGGGGAGGCCUGCGACAUCCCGUACUGCAGGAACAACUGCGGCAGCCCCGACCACGGCUACUGCGACCUGACCGGCGAGAAGCUCUGCGUCUGCAACGACAGCUGGCAAGGUCCAGACUGCUCUCUGACUGUCCCGUCCACGGAGUCCUUCUGGGUGUUGCCCAACACGAAGCCCUUCAGCCCGUCGGUGGGGCGAGCGUCCCACAAGGCCGUGGUGCACGGGAAGCUGAUGUGGGUCAUCGGGGGCUACACCUUCAACUACAGCUCUUUCCAGAUGGUGCUGACUUAUAACCUUGAGAGCAGCAUCUGGAACGUGGUGCCGAUCAAAAACGGGCCUCUGCCGCGGUACGGCCACUCCCUGGCCCUGUAUCAGGAUGAGAUCUACAUGUUCGGGGGGAAGCUGGAGGGCGGGGCGGGGAACGUGACGGACGAGCUGUGGGUGUUCAGCCUGGCCGGCCGCGCCUGGUCCCAGCGCUUGCCCACGCCGCUCGUUCACGGCCAGCUCUUCGCCGUGGAGGGACACUCCGCCCACGUCGUGGAGCUCGACGGCGGAGACGUCGUCAUGGUGAUCUUCUUCGGCCACUCCUCCAUCUACAGCUAUGUCAGCAGCGUGCAGGAGUACAACCUCCGGACGAACACGUGGUCGGUUCCAGAGACAAACGGUGCCAUCGCCCAGGGCGGUUACGGUCACAGCAGCGUGUACGACCGCACGACCCGGUCCGUGUACGUGCACGGAGGUUACAAGGCCCUGCCUGCCAACAAGUACGGCUUGGUUGACGACCUGUACCGCUACGAGGUGCGGUCACGUACGUGGACGGUUCUGCGGGAGAGCGGGCUCUCCCGGUACCUCCACUCCUCGGUGCUCAUCAGCGGGGUCCUGCUGGUCUUCGGGGGAAACACCCACAACGACACGUCCCUCAGCAACGGAGCCAAGUGCUUCUCCUCGGACUUCCUGGCCUACGACAUUGCGUGUGAUGAGUGGAAGGUGUUGCCGAGGCCAAACCUGCACCGUGAUGUGAAUCGCUUUGGUCAUUCAGCGGUCGUUAGCAACGGGUCGAUGUACGUGUUCGGAGGGUUUUCCAGCGUGCUGCUGAACGACGUGUUAGUGUAUCGGCCCCCCAGCUGUGAAGCCUUCCCGGAGGAGAGGGCGUGUCUGAACGCGGGCCCUGGGGUCCGCUGCCUGUGGAGCAGGAGCCGGUGUGUCCCCUGGGACUCCGCCCACAGUGAUGACAUCACACCUGCCACGUUCUGCCCCCCGAGGACCCCUGCAACGGAUGAGCAGUGCUUCCGCUACUCAGACUGCUCCAGCUGCACCUCCAACACCAACGGCUGCCAGUGGUGUGAGGAGAAGAAGUGCAUCUCUGUCACCAGCAACUGCACAGUGUUAAACCCGGAUCUGUUCCACCAGCACAGGACCCCACAGCCCAUUGCCCCGCCCACAUCUGUGAUGGCAGAAAGAAAGAUGUCUCUUUGGAAACACGGAAUACGAAAGAGUGGAAACGCUGUGAAUAACUACACCAGGUGUCAGGUGAGGAACGAACAGGUGUGUGCCAAGUCGCCUAACUGUAGGAGCUGUUCCCUCAACCUCAACUGCCAAUGGGAUCCUCAACAGCAGGAUUGCCACGCCCUCCGAGCUCAUCUUUGUGGAGAGGGUUGGACCCGCGUCGGGGAGGCCUGCUUGCGCCUAAACUCCAGUCGGGAGAGCUAUGACAAUGCCCAGCACUACUGUAAGAACCUGGGCGGCAACAUCGGCUCUCUCACCACCUCCAAGCAGGUUGACUUUGUCCUGGAGGAGCUGCAGAGAUACGGGCAACAGGAGAAGAAGCUUUCUCCGUGGGUGGGGCUGAGGAAGAUUAACGUGUCAUACUGGGGGUGGGAGGACUCCUCCCCCUUCACCAACACCUCCCUGCAGUGGCUGCCAGGGGAGCCUAGCGACUCAGGGUUCUGUGCAUAUCUGGACAGGGCCGAGGUGUCAGGCCUGAAGGCCAAUCCGUGCACAGCCACAACCGAUGGGCUCAUCUGUGAAAAACCUGUCGUGAGCCCCAAUCAGAAUGCCAGACCAUGCAAGACGCCCUGCUCCCUGCGCAACUCCUGCGCCAACUGCACCACACAGGCCAUGGAGUGCAUGUGGUGCAGCAGCACCAAGCGCUGCGUCGACUCCAACGCCUACGUCAUCUCCUUCCCCUACGGACAGUGCCUGGAGUGGCAGACUGGGGACUGCGUGUCUCAGAACUGCUCAGGUUUGCGUACCUGUGCGCAGUGUCUGGAGCAGCCAGACUGCGGUUGGUGUGGGGACCCCAGUAACACAGGGCGGGGUCAGUGUGUGGAGGGGUCCCACCGGGGCCCCAUGAAGAGCCCGGGGCCCAAACAGAGCCCCGAAAUGCUGCUGGAGCCGGGCCUGUGCCCCCGAGAUCGCGGAUACGACUGGUCCUACAUCACCUGCCCCGCGUGCCAGUGUAACGGUCACAGCGUCUGUGUGAACAGCAGUGUGUGCGAGCACUGCAGAAACCUGACCACCGGACAGCACUGCCAGACCUGCAUGCCUGGUUACUACGGAGACCCCACCAAUGGAGGGCGUUGCCAAGCUUGUAAAUGUAAUGGUCAUGCAAAUGUCUGCCAGGUCUUGAGUGGAAAGUGUUACUGCACAACAAAGGGCAUCAAAGGAGAUCAGUGCCAGCUAUGCGACUCGGAAAACCGUUACCUUGGAAACCCUCUCCGGGGAACGUGCUAUUAUAACCUGCUGAUUGAUUACCAGUUCACCUUCAGUCUCCUGCAGGAGGACGACCAUCACUACACUGCUAUUAACUUCAUGGCCACGCCCGAGCAGACCAAUAAGAACCUGGACAUGUCGAUCAAUGCAUCAAACAAUUUCAACCUCAACAUCACCUGGUCUAUUGGCUCCACAGCUGGGACCAUAUCGGGUGAGGAAGUCCCCAUUGUCUCCAAGACCAACAUUAAAGACUACAGAGACAGAUUCUCCUGUGAGAAAUUUAGCUUUCGCACCAAUCCCAACAUCACCUUCUAUGUGUACGUCAGCAACUUCUCCUGGCCAAUCAAGAUUCAGAUCGCCUUCUCCCAGCACAACAGCAUCAUGGACCUGGUGCAGUUCUUUGUGACCUUUUUCAGUUGUUUCCUGUCACUGCUGCUGGUUGCUGCUGUGGUGUGGAAGAUAAAACAAACCUGCUGGGCAUCUCGACGGAGAGAGCAACUGAUGAGGGAAAGACAGCAGAUGGCGAGCCGUCCGUUCGCCUCUGUCGACGUGGCUCUGGAAGUGGGCGGAGACAAAGAGCAGACCGCGCCGCUGCGGAGCCCAGCAGAGGGCGCCCCCAAACCCAUCGCCACGGAGCCGUGUUCAGGGAGCAGGGCCGCCGUUCUCACCGUGUUCAUGCGCCUCCCGCGGGCAUCGUCUGGUGUUCCUCCCCCAGGCCAGUCUGGCAUGGCCAUUGGCAGCGCCCUCAUCGAUACCUCCCCACAGAAACCCUUCGACUUCAAAGAGAGGAGCCUGGGGCUGAAGAACCGCAAGCUGCCCCCAGCAACGCGCCAGGGCACAUGCGUAUGAACCCUGCGUACAGCCCGCGUGUGCCCUCUGAUUGGCUGUCUGCCCGGGUGGCUUUGUGUAGAGUCACACUGCAACAUCUGUUUUAAAGCCCUGGAAAUAGGAUUCCGCUAGGUACCCACUUACCCACAAUUCCCUGCACUCCGUACGUCUGUGUCUGUUCCUCCUGCUCCUUUAGGCCUGCUCCAGAAGUGAGUGACAGGCCCCCUUUAAAGACCUGUGUGUCAUGCCGAGGACAGGUGUCCACUGAAACAGAGGUGAAUAAUUCCGAGGGACCAGCAGGGGGUGUAGUGAGCAGCUGCGAGGUGUUGGUGUCUCUGCACAGAGAGAAGCACAGGUGCGCACUGUGUGUGUAUUUGUGUGUGUGGUGUACAGUAACUACGGAAGAAGCAUGAUUUUAAGAAAAAAGGUAUAUUUUUCAUCGUAAUCCGCUGACUUUGUGUGAGGAAUUAAAGGCAAGUGCGGUCACACCUUGCUGAGGUAUUUCCUCAUUGUGAAAGGUCGCUUUAAUCCAGGGAGGGUUAUCUGAGCACACCACCACCACCAAGGGUCUUGGGCCUGGUGGUUCUCCCUUUCUCACCAUUCUGAAUGUUUGCACAAACUUGCGUUAGGCGGUGUGGAUGUGUAGUCAGAACUUGUUUUGGUUUAAGCUGAACCCAUAGUUUUAUGGUUGCCGUGGUUAUAAGAACUUGGAUUGUUUGGCUUCACCCCCAGAAUUCCUGCAGUACCUUCAACAGCCACUGGGGGCUUUUUUUUUUUUUUUAACCUGGUACAGUGUAGUGCCACACAUUUCAUAUCAAAUGAGGAAUGAAAACACAAUGUAUGUAUUUUAGCUUUUGUGAUAUUUAGUCUUUUUAUUAAAUGAUGGAUGGUCUGCUAUGUUCUGGUGCAAUUUAUUGCUCUAUUCCUUAGUACAAAAUUAUUAUCACUUUUUUUUUCUUUUUUCUUUUACAAAAAUGUUAUUGUCCACUUGUACAUAAUAUCAUGGGUCUACAGUGCACACUAAAGUUCAAAAUAUAUAUUUUUUUUCGAGUUUCUUUUUUAGUUUGGCUCAGAGCCAUGUAAGCUACUUUUAUUGAAAUGGUACGUAAUAUUAUGUCUUUAGUUCUCAGUCAGAGUGAAAAAAUAUGAGCCUACUCUUUCUUCUGGAAUAUUUGUGGUUUACAGGAAGGGUCAGAACUCUUGGCUAUCUUGCAUACUGUAAGUGCCACACAAAACCCUUGUGGUGCUCCACAAUUAUGUGAUUGAAAGGUGGACACCACGGAGGGUUUAACGUACUGUGUUUACAUCAAAGUACAAGGGGCAUGCCAGAGUGUGGUUAAAAUAUAAAUAUUCUCUGUACUGAGUUCAGCACGUUCUGGGCAUUUUAAAAAAGGAAUUUUUGCAACAAAAACAAGAAUUGUUUACAGAUCAAAUUAUGGUUCCAUUUGUUUAGGCGUUUUAUUUUUUUUGAGCUGUCAUAUUAUGUGAUGUCACGCAAUAGUGAUUGAAUAUAUGCCUAUAAGUUAUUGGACCAGUUUAAUUUGAUGUGUUUGAAAACCGUGCUGGAAUGCCAUUAUCCUGCUGCAAUGUUAGGGAGCGUUAGGUUGGGAAACGGGUCUUUUUAAGGGGGAUCCCUUAAAAGCCCCCCCCCCAGCCCUCUUUAUUAUUCAGUAUUUCCAGGAGGAACGCUUGCAGAGCACUGUCACUCUCGACUGAGAAACAGACAGAGCAGAUUAUCAGUCUCUGCACAGCCGCAUGAAUAACUCAUACAUACCAUCGGCCCAAAGGCUUUGGAACAGCCUGUCUGUGCAAGGGACACAAACACAGAGACAGGCUGACUUUUUUCCCUCUCAAUCUUGUGCCCUCGCUUUCUUUCUCUUGCCUUCUCUCGCUCUCUCUCUCUUUCUCUCUCUCUCUGACUCACGCUUUCUCUCUCUCCCUCUCCCAUUGUCCUGUCUCUCCUUGUCUUGUGGUCUCAGUCACUCUUUACCACUUCUUGUCUGUCUCCCAUGUUUGAUCUAUCUCUUCUCCUUGUCUUUCUACUUUUAUCUAACAGUAUUCUUUCUUUCUCUUGUCUCUCUCUCCACUUCCUGUCUCUCAGUCUCCUCUGUGUUUAUCUCAUUGUGGCUUGGAAUUAAGUUUGUGACCGUAAAGGUCAGUGUAUUAACUUGUGUGAUUAUAAACAUGCUUACCCUAAAUCUGAAAAUAGAACCAGCAUUGAUAUGGCAUUCAGCAGCCAACUGUACAUAUAUCACCUGUGCUGAAUUUACCUGUUCUUUUACCUGUACCAAAGGGGUCUUUCGUCUGUCCCCUGUGCUGGAACUGCUUGUUUGUUUCACCUGUAAUAAGGUCACCAGUUCAAAGACAUUUUCAAAUCUCUUGCACUGAUUGGAGGAAUGUUUUGUGGUUGGUGAAUAUUUCCUGUAUUUGCGGUUGUGAGGGCUUUUGUAAUUUACACAACUGUUCUGUUUUUGGUGUUUCUGUUUCUAUUUUAUUUUAUAUGUUGUCUUGAAAUGUGAUAUGUAAUAUUGACACACGUGUAUAUGUGUACUCAAAUGUAUAAAUAUAAGACUUCUGAAUUUUUUUUUAAUCAGGUGAAUUCUACAACUGAAGUAUUUUACACAAUUUGUAUCUGAAGGGACAGUUCACAUAAUUUCUAUGUUCAAAUGUGGGCGUAUGUGAUAUUCAUAUGUAAAGAAACAAAAUGAUUUGAAGCUUCUUCGUAUUGUAAUAAACAAAAAAGUAUGUGAAUUGAAA